CGGCGAGAAGGCUCGUGCAGAAUAUCAUAGAUCGAGGACGUUCACGUGAAGUAGUGUGUUGGAAGAUGACAUGAAGCUAAAAGUGUUUCAUUCUUUCUGAUGUGUCUGGAGAUAAAACAUCUCAAUGGAAUGCAAUAAUGACGGUAGUAUCAUCUGUGACCUCUCAGCUGCCCAGUCUCUGGGAUUGGAUCCAUCUGCCGGGAGGAUCUGCAUCAAGUACCGCGCGUGCGAAUGAGAAGUCAACGCAGAUGAAUCUUCACUCGAUAAUAUCGGUCCCUCCGAGCCAUUGCACCGGGGCCAGUCUAAUGUCGAGGUCGAUGAGUACAGUGAUGCAGGGGAAAAGUAGAACAGCGGCAACGAGACAGGUUAAAACGUCUUUUACUUCGCCCUCGCAGCAUUGGGAGGCGUGGGCGCUGGACUACAUGCCGCGCGACUACUUUGGAAACAUGAAGUACCCGCAGUCCCGGCACAAGAUGUGGCCGGAGGGGCCGGUGGGCGGGCGCGCGACGUUUCAAAACAGUUGGUGGCACGAACGGUACCGGCUGUCCCCGGUCGGGGAACAGUACUGGUUGGACGUAUGAAAGUGCACAAUUUCCCCUCGUUCUCAUUUCUCAUGCAAAAUCUCAAAUCGAAUUGCGCCCUUGCGUCACUACUAUGCAUGACAGAUUCCGGAAGCUGCCCAAACAGUACUACACUAGGCGCAUGAAUUUGCCAUGCACAGGCUCCAGGUGUGGCGGUGUUUGUAGUGCUUUACCUGCAAUACAAAUGAUUGCAUAUGGGGGACUUGUGCACUCUCAUAGGACGAACUGAACUACCUGAAGAAGCACCGGAUGUACGCCGCAGACCCCGAGAUGGCUCCGCCCCCGUGCAACGCGAAACACAUGUUUCUUCCCAAUGUGCUCUGCCGACCGAUGGAGUUGUUCUUUCUGAACACCCGGAAGCUGAAGCAGCGUCGGAUGGACAUGUUUCACAAGCAGCACGCAAACCGGUGGGAUGACUACUGAACAGAAGUCCUCUGCGUGAGAAGUUAGGAGUGCCUCUUGUCGACGAAGAAAGAGAAACACACACGAACGACGAAUCAUUCAUUGUGCACGUAAAACAAAUUUUCGGUUUCUUUAAAAAUGAAAGCAAACGGC